UUUAGCAGGAGGGAGGGAGAGAGAGAGCGGGUUGUGCAGAAGAAAUAAAAUAUAUUGAGGGAAAGAAAAAAAAAAAACGCGUUUAAGACUGGCAGGAAAGGGAAGGGGUGUGCGAAAGCGCUUAUUUCUGCAGCGCGAGAGAAGAGUAGUCUAUAAGUGAACGCAAUUGAAUUGGAUAUAGUAAAAGAAAAAAAGAGAAAACAUUACAUUUUGAUCUGAAGAUCAUGACGGCAGCUGUCGAUAUGAAACCGACGUUAACUAUAAAAUCAGAAAAAGUGGACGAUCUGGACUGCAGUGAUGUCCCUCUGCUGACACCUGGCAGCAAGGAGAUGAUGUCACAGGCCCUGAAGGCCACCUUCAGCGGCUUCACCAAGGAGCAGCAGAGGCUGGCUAUACCGAAAGACCCCAGGCAGUGGACGGAGAACCACGUGGGGGAGUGGCUGACGUGGACGGUGAACGAGUUCAGCCUGAAGAACGUGGACUUCCACAAGUUCUGCAUGAACGGAGCCAGCCUCUGCGGGCUGGGGAAGGAGCGCUUUCUGGACCUAGCCCCCGACUUUGUGGGAGACAUCCUCUGGGAGCACCUAGAGAUGCUGCAGAAAGAAGACGCAAAGCAUUUUCCUGUCAAUGGCCUGAGCUCCUCCGUCCAAGACUCCCGCUAUACCUCAGAUUACUUUGUCAGCUACGGCAUUGAGCAUGCUCAGUGUGUGCCUCCCUCAGAAUAUUCAGAGCCGGGCUUCAUCACCGAAUCCUACCAGACCCUGCACCCCAUCAGCUCAGAGGACCUGCUGUCACUCAAGUACGAGAACGAGUACCCCAACGUCAUCCUGCGGGACGCCCCCCUCAACCCCAUCCAGGGGGACUACUUCUCCAUCAAGCAGGAGGUCAUCUCCCACGACAACAUGUGCGUGGGGCGCAUCAGCAGAGGGAAACUGGGUGGCCAGGACUCCUUCGAGAGCAUCGAGAGCUUCGAGAGCUGCGACAGGCUGACGCAGUCCUGGAGCAGCCAGUCGUCGUUCAGCAGCCUGCAGCGCGUGCCCUCGUACGACAGCUUCGACUCCGAGGACUACCCCAGCGCCCUGCCGGGCCACAAGGCCAAGGGCACCUUCAAAGACUACGUGAGGGAGCGGUCCGACCUCAACAAAGACAAGCCGGUCAUCCCUGCCGCUGCGCUCGCCGGCUACACAGGCAGCGGACCCAUCCAGCUUUGGCAGUUCCUGCUGGAGCUCCUGACAGACAAGUCCUGCCAGGCCUUCAUCAGCUGGACCGGAGACGGCUGGGAGUUCAAGCUGUCCGAUCCGGAUGAGGUGGCGAGGAGAUGGGGCAAGAGGAAGAACAAGCCCAAGAUGAACUACGAGAAGCUGAGCCGCGGCCUGCGCUACUACUACGACAAGAACAUCAUCCACAAGACCUCGGGCAAGCGCUACGUGUACCGCUUCGUCUGCGACCUGAAGAGCCUGCUGGGAUACGCCCCGGAGGAGCUGCACGCCAUGCUGGACGUCACGCCCGACAGGGACGAAUGAGCGCCCUCCGGGGGCGGGGCUUAGCAGAGGAAGGGGAGGGGCCAAAGGGGGGGCGGCGCCCAGGGAUCUCUGAAGGACUUUCUUUCCAGACUGGUGGGUGUGGCCAGGACCAAAAUGGGAUCUUUUUUUUUUUUUUGUAUGUUAGCUUUGGUUCCCUUUUCUGUUUUUGUUGUUAUUGAUGUUGUUUUUGUAGUUUUUUUUUUUUUUUGUUUGUUCGUUUUUACCAUUUGAGCGCCUCCUUAUAACGGAAAGGGUAAUGCAGCACCGGGUUUCUGUGCUGCUUCAAAGACAUUGUCGACAAACUGUACUCAAUGACAGACGUACACAAUACAGAUAUAUAGAUAUUUAAACACAUGCGUACGUAAUUACGUUGUGGCUCACGGUAAAUGGAAACUUAUCCAUUUAGAGUUUUGUUCAUCUAAGUAGCACAAGCAACUGACACAGAAGUGGACCAAGAAGCGAGCGAUGAUCCCGCAACGAAGGGAACGAACACGGACUGAGAGUUCCUGCCAUGAUGCUGUUGCCAAAAUGAAAAAAAAAAAAAAGAUAUAUACUAUUUAGAAAUAUAUAAUAUCUACUUAGUUACUGUUGCUCUGCCUUUCUGAACACAGAACGCAUGGGCAGUUCUCAGUCAGGACCAAAAACAUGAAGAUUGUUAUUUUGUAUUAUUUUCAAUAGGUUUGUGCCAGUAUUAUUGUCCUUAAGAACUUAAAGUGAAUUAUAUGUUGUACCAGUUAAGACUUUUGGAUUUAUGUAACUAGGAAAACCAUCUAAUUGUGAUCGCCUGCUGCCUGCAAUGUUUUCACAUGUCAAGACAAGUACAUUUUCUGUAGGAACAUUUGAACUGAUAGUACUGAUCUGGUUCUGAGAUGACACUGGAGACAAGGGGGGUAAUUUUUACUCAUUACCGUAGAUCGUAAAACCAUGCUUUCUCAUUUUGCCAGUGGCUGGCUUGCACAACUGAAAGUGACCGUUGCCUCUCAUCUGCUAUCGUUUACUGCUACCAGUAAACCACAAAUGCAUCCCCACUACUACCAGAACAGCCAGGCGAGUCCUGCCCAGGUUUCUGCACCAUUUGGCACAUUGCUUUUUUUUUUCUAUUUGUCCUGUCAGCAUCUGAGCAACUACUAAGCACAGGGAUUAAAUGUUUAUUACAGGGGCUAAACUGUUCAGAUUCAUGAGUUACAAAAUCUCCACUCCUUUUUAAAAAUUGUCUUAAAAUAGCGGGGAGAAUAUAUUGGAUAAAAUUGUGUUUCCAGAAUACAUGGCGUCGCUGCCCUUGUCUGGGGUGCCCAAGAUUUAACUUCUGUCGAUUUUCCAGGAAGCUCUUAUGAAGAUGGAUCUUAAUUGAAUUGUGAGGCAAUAUUCCUGAGGUAUUGUUACAGAUAAGAAGCCUGAGAAGGUUGGUUGACUAUACUAUAAUAAUGUUCCGCGAGGGGAGGGGAAUGGCUUCAGUAAAGCGAACGAUCUUCCAUCAACUUGGACCGUGCUAAGAUGUAGAGCCUGGCUGUAGAGGGAGACAAGCCUUUUGUGAAAUAGCAGUUUUACUCCCGGAAGCGGGGGAGAAUUGGUAGAAAUGCAAAGGACAAUGUAAAAAAAAAUAAAAGGUUUUAUGAAAGGAAUCCUAUAUUCUGGAAGGCUCUAGAAGUUACAGUAGGUGUUUAAGAAAGAUCUGCUGGCAAACCAAGGGUUUUUUUUUGCAUUAAAUAUUACCGACUUGUGGGAAAAAAGGCCACUUUAACUGAAAUACAGGUGCAUCUGGCAUUUGCAUAAGCAUUACUGAACUGUACGGAUGUAUUUUUUUGUAUUAUUUUGUACAGAGAGCUUUGAAAACCACUAAAAACAUGUCACGUGCGACACCGAUGCAGGUUGAUGGGGAGCUGAGUGGUAUUCUGUAGAUGUUUUCACGAGUGCUCUCUGACGCACUGCGUGAAUGUGCUGUACACAGAAGCAUCGAGAAACUCGUUCAAAUUGCCAAUAAGUAGCGGUAGCCUUGUUGGCAUGAGUGCAGCAUGCAAUUACUGAAUUUCAGGUCAUGAAUAAGUAAAAUGCUGUUUUUUUUUUCACUGCUGCCUUCUGUGGGAAGAUAACUGCAUGUAGGCCGUUUGGGGGGGGGAAAGAGCCGGUCUUGAAAUUUCAUCUUAAAAUACAAAUGUUAUUGUUUACAAUGGCUGAAUGUUACCCAUCCUGAUUAUAAAUAGUGCUACAACUGUCUAUUUGUACAGAUUGUAUUUCAUAUGUUUUUAUUAAGAGACCUCAAUUCAACAGACAAGCAAAUACAAAGUCCUAAUAAUAACCAAAACAUGUGAGGUCUUGGAUAAGAGUUGGGCUGAGCUCAUUGAUGAAGUUUGAAGAUGGUGACCGUAAAUCCUCUGCAUUAGCUGUGUUGUUAUUGCGACAGUUUGUGUUGAUCCAUGCCACUGAGCUCUGGGUAUGGGUUUGAAAAGCUCUGGCCAUUUUGAUGGGAUAGUGCUUUUAUAUUCUCUGAUUACUGGACAGUCUCUAGGCUUUUACUCUUAUCCCUGCCAGGAAAGGAGAUGCGGUUCCUGUCCGCACACACAACCUCUGUCCUCCCCAGCAGACAAACACAAUCUCGUGACUGUCUUGGUUUAUUUCUGUUAUUUUAAUCGGAUUUAAUCAGAAUUUACACAUUCUCUGCAUAUCUCACCAGUAUGGAGGCAAAAAGCAAGAAAUACAUCCAUGCAGUAAAGUCUCCAUACUUUAGCCCAUAUUUUUAUGUUGCUCCAAAUAUUGCUUUAUACAAUUGCAUCGAUGAUCGAUUAAGUGUUUGCGUGUCUGAAACAAAUGUUACAGCUAUUGUAAACUGUGUGUUAAAAACUUUUUUUAAUGCAAUCCAAAGUAUUAAUUUGAAUCAAACAUAUUUUGUGUUGAUUGAAAGAAGCACAGACGCUUACAAAUUUAGAACAGUGAAAUAGUUCUGCAUGCUCAUUCUCCUAGGAUUUUACUUUUCAAAAUGACUUUUGAAAAUACAUCCAUACAUAGAUGCUUAUGGCAUUUAGAUGCAUAUCAGAGUAUUUAAAUGCAUACCAGAGUAUUGUGCAAGGAAACCAUUUUUGUUACUGUUGUUGUUGUUUUGUAUAUUUUAUAGUGUUUAUGUAUUUUAUGUUAAUGAAAUAUUUUAUGUAUUUGUUUCUCAAACAUUUGAAUAUUUUUCAAAUAAUUUAUAUUUUAUAAACUUUGAAAUACAAGAAGCAGACAGCUGGUGCUUUCAUGGGAAAUGCAGGAGAAAAAUAAAAUAUGUAGCGAUUUUACUUUUUUUAUACAAAGAAAAAAAUGAACAAAUAAUGGAGGAAAAAAAAAACCUGUCUGCGUAAACAGUUGUGUAGAAAAAUUAAAGGCUGAUGCUGGCCCAUCAUUGAUUUCUGCUGGGAAGUUUUAUAGACUGCAGCUUCUAUUCUUAUUGUACUUCAAAUUGUUAUGUUACAAAAUAUAUGUGGAAAAAAAUAUUUUGUAAUCCCUUUGA